CGGUGAGCUGUCAGUCUCUGCAGUCAACAAGCCCAGGUUAGAAGGUAAACAAGUUACGUAUAAAUGAAAUCUCGUUGAUAGAGUUAAAAAGUAAGAGUUACAGCUGUAUCAAUUAGCGAAAAAAAAUUACCAAUCAUGAUGCAAGAUAUGGAAGAAGAGGAAGUCACAUUUGAUGAGGCGGGCCUCCUUGACAACAAGCAGAAGAGGUCAAGGUCAUCAGUAUGGUGUCAGAGUAUCAUCAAAAUACUCUGUCUGUCAUUGGCAUUCUUCAGCUUGGGUCUGUGUAUUGCCAUUCCUGGCCCUACUCUAAUAGACCUGGGAGAACGUGUUCAGACUGACACCACACACAUGGCCUUGGUGUUCACAGCCCGCUCCGUUGGCUACCUGUUGGGAGCCCUUGUUGGAGGAUUCCUGUUUGACAUAUUUGACAAACAACUGUUGCUGUGUGUGACUCUGUUCCUGGCGUCCUUAGCAACCUGUGUGAUUCCCUGGGCACUGACAAUCGUAGUUCUGGCCGUGAUGUUCUCCCUUCAGGGCAUCGCUAUGGGGGUGCUGGAUACAGGUGGGAAUGCUCUAUGUGUGAGAAUCUGGGGUAAGAGAAGCUCGCCAUAUAUACAAGCCAUGCACUUUGCCUUUGGAAUAGGAGCUUUUAUUGCACCGCUAUUGUCCCAGCCUUUUCUCCACGAAGUCGCCCUUUCUAACACAACAAAUCCUAUCACAGACGGCAGCCAGUUAUGGAAAUUAAUGAUCAACAACAAUUCUUCUCUUAGAAUUAAACGUGACGAUUUAAAAAGUGUUCAAAAUGUGACAGAUUCAGUGAAUGGGUCUUCAAGUUUUGAGAUGUCCCUAAACAUUUCCACAGAGAUAAAUGUGAGUGUGACAACCUUAGCUCCUACUACUACCACAUUGAAGGUUGUGAAGCCAAAUGCUAAUGAUGGAUUCCUAAAUCCGUAUUAUGCUGAUGGCAAUUAUGCAAAUAAAAACAAAGAUGAUUUAACUGAUACUGGUGAAAAAGAUGGUAAUCCUGCCCCACCAACGCCAUCACCAGCGGUGGAGAAGUCAAACACCACCUUAACUCUGACUACAGUGAAUCAGGGUGAUGAGAAUUCUUUGAAUGAUAGUGUCACAAACAUCACAUCUGAUUAUAGUAACACCAGUGAAUCAACACCUAUCACUUCCUUGCCACUUACUACUCCAACUGCAACUUCUAAAUCAACUACAACUCUGAAUCCAACUACAACUCCAAAACCAACAACUACAACUCCAAAACCAACAACUACAACUCCUAAACCAACCUCAACUCCAAAGCUAACUACAACUCCAAAGCCAACUACAACUCCAAAGCCAACUACAACUCCGAAACCAAUUACAACUCCGAAACCAAUUACCACUCCGAAACCAAUUACAACAACUCCCAAACCAACCUCAACAACCAUUGAUAUGGAUUGUUUCGCUUGUAUUGGAGUAAGUGAAAGUAAUCUACAUAUAGACACACAGGAAUCGUCCAAUGCCAGUCAGUCCAAUAUGUCAGACGUCACUACUGUAUCCUUGGAGACCAGCACAGCCAUUAAACCACAAACAGUUGGAGAUAUGUUUAAUUCUGUGGUGCAGUCAGUUAAAAACAUGUCCAAGAUUCAGUUCUCUUAUACCAUCAUAGCAGCACUACUCCUGGUUAACGCUGUCAUCUUCCUGCUUCUGUUCUGUUAUGACAAGGGGAAGGGAGAUCUCGACCUUGUGGCCCAGAGGGAGAAGGAAAACUAUGUUCAAAAUACCUGUGUACGAUUUAUCAUACUCCUUGUCAUGUUUCUGUUCUUCCUGUCCUACAUCGGCAUGGAAACGACCUAUGGCGGGCUCAUCAUGACCUUCACUGUAGAGUACAUGGAUUGGAAUAAGAAUCAAGGGGCCAUUGUAACUGCCAUAUUCUGGGGCUCCCUGGCUGCUGGGCGGGGAUUUUCAAUCUUCAUAGCUGGGUGUUGUAAGCCACACUGCAUGCUGAUAAUUGAUCUCCUUCUGGUCAUUGGAGGGGCCACAAUGCUGAGCUUUGUUGUAAAGAAGUAUAGUUUUAUUCUCUGGCUAGGAACAUUAUUCCUUGGAUUGGGGAUGUCAUCCAUUUUCCCCACGGGUCUCGCUUGGACAGAACAAUAUUUCCGAAUGACAGGCAAGUCAACUGCAGUGCUAGUGACUGGCUCUGCCCUGGGGCAGAUGAUAAUUCCUGUUGCCACGGGAUAUACAAUUGACAAAAUCAACAAGAUGUACCUGAUGUAUGUGGUAUUGAUUCUCAGUGUUUUCUGUACAGUACUAUUCAUAGUGAUGCAGCUGUUAGCAUCCAGGUGCAGCAAGGCAUCUGUCUCACAAAAUGGAUUUAUGCCUUUACGCAGUGAAGACAGUAUAGAAAUGGACGGUAUGUCUUACGGUACUACAGAGGCAUCAACAAGGCGAAGACUUCUGCCAGCUUACAACGAUGUUGAGUAUGAUCAACUUCCACAAGAUGGUGAUUUUGAAUUAGAUUAAAAUUCCAAAUAUAAACUUUUACUGCAGGUACAGUAAUGAAGAUAUGUAUACUAAUUAAUUGACAUACUUUUGUUUUGAGAGAGAUUCACACUUUGAUUUUUUCGAAUUUAUGUGAUCCCACCGUUAAUACUCAUUUCAGGAUUUAGUUUUAAAUCAUUUGAAGUUUUUUUUAUGUGGCAGUCGUUUACUGUUGUGUAUGUUGGUUUUAGCUCACCUGAUCCGAAGGAUUAAAGUGAGCUUACAUAUAAUUACGCCGUCCGUGGCAUCUGCCCAUCCGUCAGUCUGUCUGUACAUCCACGAACUUAGUUUCUCACUUUUAACUAUACUAUUUAUUGACUGAUUUACAUGAAAUUUGAUCAAGAAGUUCAGUUCACAAAAAUAAAUACCGAGGUAAAAAAAAAACAAGGUCAAAAGGUCAA